CGCCGCCCGGUGCCCGGCGCGCCCGCAUGGGCCCGCGCUGAGGGCCCCGACCGAGAGUCCCGCGCGGGAAGUCGGCGUCCGCCCGCCCAGGGAGGGCUCAGAACUGGGGGGGCUAGGGCCCCCCAAACUCGGAUCGGAUCCAGCUCGGAGUGCGGCGGCGCCAUGGAGCUCCGGGCGCUGCUCUGCUGGGCUUCCCUCGCCGCCGCGUUGGAAGAAACCCUACUGAACACCAAGAUGGAAACUGCCGAUCUGAAGUGGGUGACGUUCCCGCAGGUGGAGGGGCAGUGGGAGGAGCUGAGCGGCCUGGACGAGGAGCAGCACAGCGUGCGCACCUACGAGGUGUGCGACGUGCAGCGCGCGCCGGGGCUGGCGCACUGGCUGCGCACGGGCUGGGUCCCUCGCCGCGGCGCCGUGCACGUGUACGCCACCUUGCGCUUCACCAUGCUGGAGUGCCUAUCGCUGCCCCGCGCCGGCCGCUCCUGCAAGGAGACCUUCACCGUCUUCUACUACGAGAGCGACGCCGACACGGCCACGGCCCUCACGCCGGCCUGGAUGGAGAACCCCUACAUCAAGGUGGACACGGUGGCCGCAGAGCACCUGACCCGGAAGCGGCCCGGGGCCGAGGCCACUGGGAAGGUGAACAUCAAGACGCUGCGUCUGGGCCCGCUCAGCAAGGCCGGCUUCUACCUGGCCUUCCAGGACCAGGGCGCCUGCAUGGCCCUGCUGUCCCUGCACCUCUUCUACAAGAAGUGCGCCCAGCUCACUGUGAACCUGACCCGCUUCCCGGAGACCGUGCCCCGGGAGCUUGUGGUGCCCGUGGCGGGCAGCUGCGUGGCCGACGCCGUCCCUGCCCCCGGGCCCACCCCCAGCCUGUACUGCCGGGAGGACGGCCAGUGGGCCGAGCAGCCGGUCACGGGCUGCAGCUGUGGCCCCGGGUACGAGGCCGCCGAGGGAAACACCAAGUGCAGAGCCUGUGGCCAGGGCACCUUCAAGCCCCUGUCGGGCGAGGGCUCCUGCCAGCCGUGCCCGGCCAACAGCCACUCCAACACCAUCGGGUCAGCUGUCUGCCAGUGUCGCAUUGGGUACUUCCGGGCGCGCACAGACCCCCAGAGCGCACCCUGCACCACCCCUCCCUCCGCCCCACGGAGCGUGGUUUCCCGCCUGAACGGCUCCGCCCUGCACCUGGAGUGGAGCGCGCCCCUCGAGUCCGGCGGCCGGGAGGACCUCACCUACGCCGUCCGCUGCCGCGAGUGCCGCCCGGGAGGCUCCUGCACGCCCUGCGGGGGGGACCUGACCUUCGACCCCGGCCCCCGGGACCUGGUGGAGCCCUGGGUGGCGGUCCGCGGGCUGCGUCCUGACUUCACCUAUACGUUUGAGGUCUCCGCCUUGAACGGGGUGUCCUCCUUAGCCAGCGGGCCUGUCCCGUUUGAGCUGGUCAAUGUCACCACUGACCGCGAAGUGCCUCCCGCGGUGUCCGACAUCCGGGUCACGCGCUCCUCGCCCAGCAGCCUGAGCCUGGCCUGGGCCGUGCCCCGGGCACCCAGCGGCGCUGUGCUGGACUAUGAGGUCAAGUACCACGAGAAGGGUGCCGAGGGCCCCAGCAGCGUGAGGUUCCUGAAGACGUCGGAAAACCGGGCGGAGCUGCGGGGGCUGAAGCGGGGAGCCAGCUACCUGGUGCAGGUGCGCGCGCGUUCUGAGGCUGGCUACGGGCCCUUUGGCCAGGAGCACCACAGCCAGACCCAGCUGGACGAGACGGACAGCUGGCGGGAGCAGCUCGCCCUGAUCACAGGCACGGCGGUCGUGGGCGUGGUGUUGGUGCUGGUGGUCAUCAUCAUCGCCAUUCUCUGCCUCAGGAAGCAGAGCAGCGGUAGAGAUGCGGAAUACUCGGACAAACACGGGCAGUAUCUCAUCGGGCACGGUACUAAGGUCUACAUUGACCCCUUCACUUACGAAGACCCCAAUGAGGCUGUGCGGGAGUUUGCAAAAGAGAUCGACGUCUCCUAUGUGAAGAUCGAAGAGGUGAUUGGCGCAGGUGAGUUUGGAGAGGUGUGCAGGGGGCGACUCAAGGCCCCCGGGAAGAAGGAAAGCUGCGUGGCCAUCAAGACCCUGAAAGGCGGCUACACGGAGCGCCAGCGGCGGGAGUUCCUGAGCGAGGCCUCCAUCAUGGGCCAGUUCGAGCACCCCAACAUCAUUCGCCUCGAGGGCGUGGUCACCAACAGCGUGCCCGUCAUGAUCCUCACGGAGUUCAUGGAGAACGGCGCCCUGGACUCCUUCCUGCGGCUCAACGAUGGGCAGUUCACGGUCAUCCAGCUGGUGGGCAUGUUACGGGGCAUCGCCUCAGGCAUGCGGUACCUCGCAGAGAUGAGCUACGUGCACCGAGACCUGGCCGCGCGCAACAUCCUGGUCAACAGCAACCUAGUGUGCAAGGUCUCCGACUUCGGCCUCUCCCGCUUCCUGGAAGAGAACUCCUCCGAUCCCACCUACACGAGCUCGCUGGGAGGGAAGAUCCCCAUCCGAUGGACAGCCCCUGAGGCCAUUGCUUUCCGGAAGUUCACAUCGGCCAGCGACGCCUGGAGCUAUGGGAUUGUGAUGUGGGAGGUGAUGUCCUUCGGGGAGCGGCCCUACUGGGACAUGAGCAAUCAGGACGUGAUCAAUGCCAUUGAACAGGACUACCGGCUGCCCCCGCCCCCAGACUGUCCCACCUCCCUACACCAGCUCAUGCUGGACUGUUGGCAGAAGGACCGGAACGCCCGGCCUCGCUUCCCCCAGGUGGUCAGCGCCUUGGACAAGAUGAUCCGGAACCCUGCCAGCCUCAAAAUCGUGGCCAGGGAGAAUGGCGGCGCCUCCCACCCACUCCUGGACCAACGGCAGCCUCACUACUCAGCCUUUGGCUCGGUGGGCGAGUGGCUUCGAGCCAUCAAGAUGGGAAGAUACGAGGAGAGCUUCGCAGCUGCGGGGUUUGGCUCCUUCGAGCUCGUCAGCCAGAUCUCCACAGAAGACCUACUCCGGAUUGGAGUCACCUUGGCGGGACACCAGAAGAAAAUCCUGGCCAGUGUCCAGCACAUGAAGUCCCAGGCCAAGCCCGGAGCCCCGGGCGCAUCAGGAGGACCAGCGCCGCAGUUCUGACCUGCAGGAGCCCCCACCCCGGGGACACGGCCUCCCGUUCUUCCUGGGGCAGAGCCGGGAGGGGGACUUGGCAGAGGUCUCCACCCUGGGCCCCGCUGGAUUGCACUUUGAACCCAUGGGAGUGGGGAGUUGGCAGUUUAGAGACAGGAUGUGGGGGUCUUGCCUGCCUGUGGGAGUGGAGAAAUCAUUCCCCGCCACCCUGGGCGGAGACCCCCAGACCCAGGGUGUGACCUGAGGGACAGGAAGUUCCACCCCAGGUGCUGCCCUCACCUUGCAGACCAAAGAGCGGGGGCGACUGGCCUGCCCACCGGGCGUGGACGCAGGAGGGGCGUCGGCCCAGUGAUGAAGUCAUUGGGCUCUGAGGCCCCUGCUUGCUGCUGUCGUCCCCACCUCAAUCAUUCUCCCUUGUAAAUGCCCCUCCCCCAUCGGCUGCCUUCAUAUUGAAGGUUUGGAGUCUUA